UCUCCCUUGUUCUUCUCACUUCAUACUUCAUUCAUCCACUACUUCUCUUUCCCCAUAACUCUUUCAUCAUCAUUUCUUCCAUCCUUGUCCCCUAACUUCAGAGUCAGACAGACAAAAAAUACAAAACAAACAAACUACGUAACAAAAGUAAUAAUGCCAACAACAACAACAGAAACAGCAACGGCAGCGUUUGGUGCUUUAGAAAAUUCAAACGGAAACUCAUCUAAUAAUCAUGCCCCUCCCAAACAUAGCUCCCGAGAAUCACGUGAACUUCCUCCUUUACUUUCUUCUUCUUACCCAAUCACUCUUAAGUUCAUGGACGUGGGAUACCGAUUGAAGAUAGAGAGCCAAAAAGCACAAGGAGGGUGCAUCAAGAAAUUAUUUACAACGCUCGAAUCAUCACCGUCGGAUCAAAGAUCAACGGCAGGAGCAAUACAAGAGCGAAUCAUUCUUAACGGGGUAACAGGUGUAGCCUAUCCAGGAGAGAUCCUAGCCAUCCUGGGCCCAUCUGGGAGCGGAAAAUCGACGCUCCUAAACGCACUCGCAGGGAGACUUCAUGGAAACGGCCUCACGGGAACAAUCCUCGCUAACUCAUCGAAACUCAACAGAACGAUUCUCCGACGAACCGGUUUCGUAACUCAGGACGAUAUUCUCUACCCUCACCUAACGGUUCGUGAAACACUGAUCUUCUGCUCCAUGCUGCGCCUCCCGAGGGCACUUCCGCGCGAAGCGAAGGUGGCGGCGGCGGAGUCAGUAAUCACAGAACUAGGUUUAAGCAAGUGCGAGAAUACUAUAAUUGGCAACAGUUUCAUCCGUGGCGUUUCCGGUGGAGAGAGGAAGCGCGUGAGUAUUGCUCACGAGAUGUUGGUGGACCCGGCGCUUUUGAUCUUGGAUGAGCCUACCUCUGGAUUGGACUCAACGGCGGCGCAUCGCCUUUUGUCGACGCUGGGAUCGUUGGCGAGGAAGGGGAAGACGGUGGUGACGUCGUUGCACCAGCCGUCAAGUCGUGUAUACCAGAUGUUUGACAGAGUGAUUGUGUUGUCAGAAGGUCAGUGCCUGUACUACGGCAAAGGAACCGACGCCAUGCGAUAUUUUGAGUCGGUUGGAUUCGCGCCAUCCUUUCCGGUAAAUCCGGCGGAUUUUCUGCUCGAUCUCGCUAACGGUGUUUGCCAUGUGGAAGGUGUAAGUGAAAAAGAUAGACCAAACAUAAAGCAAAAUCUAGUUAAUUCAUAUAACACAAUAUUGGGUCCAAAGGUAAAAGCUGCAUGCAUGGACACAUCCAAUGUUUCAACAACAAAAGAUACUCACCCUUUGAGAACCAGCUCUUCAAAAGAACGUAGAUAUAGUGACAGAGUUAGCAUCUUUGAUUGGUUUUACCAAUUCAGUAUUCUUCUCCAAAGAAGCCUCAAAGAAAGAAAGUAUGAAUCUUUCAACACACUAAGAGUUUCUCAAGUUGUUGCUGCUGCACUACUAGCUGGUUUAAUGUGGUGGCAUUCAGACUAUAAAAACAUUCAAGAUAGGCUUGGCUUACUCUUCUUCAUUUCCAUCUUUUGGGGUGUAUUCCCAUCUUUCAACUCUGUUUUCGCAUUCCCUCAAGAACGUGUAAUUUUUGUAAAAGAAAGGGCUUCUGGUAUGUACACAUUAUCAUCCUAUUUCAUGGCUAGAAUUGUUGGAGACUUGCCAAUGGAACUUAUUCUUCCAACAGUUUUCCUCAUCAUUACAUAUUGGAUGGGUGGAUUGAAGCCUGAUUUGUUGUCUUUUCUCUUGACACUGUUGGUUAUUCUUGGAGUUGUGCUUGUUUCACAGGGCCUUGGCCUUGCUUUAGGUGCUGCAAUAAUGGAUGCUAAACAAGCUUCCACUGUUGCAGCAGUGACAAUGCUAGCAUUUGUUUUAACAGGUGGAUAUUAUGUCCAUAAGGUACCAUCUUGUGUGGCUUGGAUCAAAUAUAUAUCCACAACAUUCUACAGUUACAGGUUGCUAACAAGAAUUCAAUAUGGUGAUGGCAAGAAAAUUGCAUAUCUAUUGGGUUGCUAUCAUGGUAGUAGUACUCAUGAUGGGGCUAGCUGCAAAUUUCUUGAAGAAGAUGUUGUGGGUCAAAUUGGUACAAUGGGAAGCAUUGGGGUGUUGUUUUUCAUGUUUGUGUUUUACAGAUUAUUGGCCUACCUUGCAUUGAGACGCAUCAAGAAUUGAAGUGAAAGUACUUCUGCAUUGAAAAGUUCUUUUGAAAAUUACUAUGAAAACUAAAAGGUCAUGUUUUGAAUUAAAAGGGAUGAAUCAAUUUGUUGGCUCCUAGUGCAUCAGCAACUAUAAACUUCUUAAUUUUCACUAGACUGGCUAGUUGAUUCGUGCUAACUGUAAUUGAAGAAUGAGAGAGUUUCUGUAAAGUUAGAAGAUAGUUAACAUCAAAGUUGAAGUGAAGAAAGAUGGGUUUGAAUUCAAAUUCUCAAAGUUUCAUUCUGUAAUCAAAAUAUUCAGGGAAGAAAUAAAGAAAUUUCUUCUAUAUGCAAUAUGUAACUCUUAAGCUUACUUUUACUGUUUUUUCUUUCUGCAAUUUCUUUAAUCCUUGGAAUAGAUGACAUUUACACACCAUAAAAUAUUGUUUAUUUGCAAUCAGUAAA